CAAAUAUUGCCAUUAUAUUUUUUGAAUAAAAAAAAGAAGCCAUAUUAAAUAAUUUUAUAAUUAAAUAUUUCAAUAAUAUAUUAUUAUUAAGUAAAUAAUGGCGUUUUUAAGAUUAAUAACACGUCAUAGUUUAGUCAAAAAGUGUCAUAAGCAUCAAAAUAUUAAAAGUAAUUAUGUCAAUACAACAAGUGGUUUUAAUAAUAUAUCAAGAUCAGCAUCACAAUCAAGUAAAAUAUUGAAUGAAGAAUCAUCAACAACGGUGACUAUGACACCGACCAAUAAUACCAAAACGGUACAGGGCAGACAAAUCGAUCCGUUGGAUUUAACAUUUAAUGAUCCUGUGGCAGCAUUCAAAAGCAAAACUAUGAAAGAAUUAUUACGUGCAUAUAUUUGUUUUCAAUUUUGUUCUAUCAAUUAUAUUGUUGAAAAUAACCUAAAGUUGAUGAAGGUGGCCCAAAAUAUCCUUGGUGAGAAAAUAUUUACCUAUUUAAUGAAGUCAACAUUUUAUGGACACUUUGUUGCUGGAGAGGAUGAAGUUAGUAUUAGACCGACUUUAGAUAGAUUACGACAAUUUGGUGUUAAACCAAUUCUUGAUUAUUCUGUUGAAGAAGAUAUAUCACAGGAGGAAGCAGAAAGACGUGAAGUGCAAGCUUCAAUUUCUGAAGCUGGAGAUGAAAGGAAGGAAGGCACAAUUAAGAAAUAUCACGUGGAAAAAUCAUUUGCUGAUCGUCGAUACAAGGUGUCAUCAGCAAGGACAUAUUUUUACUUAAAUGAGGCUUCGUGUGAACGGAAUAUGGAUAUAUUUAUAAAAUGUAUUGAAGCCGUUUCAGAAGCUUCAAAUGGUAUGGGUAUUAUUGCCAUUAAAUUAACCGCUCUUGGACGACCACAAUUAUUACUUCAACUAUCAGAAGUAAUUAUGCGAGCACGUCAAUAUAUGACUGAUGUCGUUGGUGGUGAAGGGGCUGUUCUAGCUCAUCAUACAUCACCAGAUGAUUUAAAAAAGAAAUUAGAAAAAGUUCAAAUUAAAGAUGCCAUACCAGUAAAGAAAUUUUUAGAAAAAAUUCAAUCGGAUAAAGAAGGAGUAAUCCAUUUGUUUCCAUGGAGUGGAAUAAUUGAUGAAAACUAUGAAUUAAGUGAGACAUUUCAAGUUCCGGACAUUCGUACGGGAAAAAUGGUUAGAUUAAUGACGCAAUUGACACGUAAAGAAGAAGAAAUGUUUCGCAAUAUGAUUAGAAGAUUGAAUAACAUUGCAACGAUUGCUGAAAAAUUGAGUGUACGUAUAAUGAUAGAUGCUGAACAGACAUACUUUCAACCGGCGAUAUCACGAUUAACAUUAGAAAUGAUGCGAAAAUACAAUACACACAAGGCUGUCGUGUUCAACACCUACCAGACUUAUCUCAAGGAUACCUUUGAUGAAGUCAAAUCUGAUCUCGAGCAGGCUGAACGGCAAAAUUUUUACUUUGGUGCUAAAAUCGUUCGGGGAGCUUACAUAGAACAGGAACGAGCUAGAGCAGCAGCUAUGGGUUAUCCAGACCCAACAAAUCCAACAUAUGAAGCUACUACUGAAUCUUAUCAUCGCACUUUCAUGGAAUGCUUGAAGAAAAUGAAGCAGUAUAAAGACCGUGGUGAAGACCCGAAAAAACUGGCUAUCAUGGUGGCAUCUCAUAAUGAAGAUACCGUUCGAUUUGCUAUUAAAAAAAUGAAAGAAAUCGGUAUUUCUCCAGAAGAUAAAGUGAUAUGUUUUGGACAAUUACUUGGAAUGUGUGACCAUGUGACAUUUCCGUUAGGUCAAUCGGGUUACUCUGUAUAUAAAUACAUACCUUAUGGUCCAGUGAAAGAAGUUUUACCUUAUUUAUCACGACGUGCUCAUGAAAAUAGUGGAAUUCUUAAAAAAGUGAAAAAAGAAAAGAAAUUGUUGAUGACAGAAAUACUAAGGCGAUUAAAAACAGGUCAAUUGUUUUAUCGGCCAAAAGGCAAUUAUACCCCUGUAUAAAUUUCUGUAAGAAAAAUAAAAAUAUUUACAAAUCAGUGGCAAUGAGACAAUAAACUAUUUAUAUUAACAUAUUUAAAUAACUAAAAUUAAAUCAAAUUAAAAUUAAAAUGUGUUUGUGAA